UGGAGUCGGGCGCGCCUUCGGCGACAGUGACUGACGUCACGACACAAGAUGGCCGCCGGUGUCGGAAAUGGUGUAGCGUAGACGAGACUAGGGCGGUAGGAACGAACCCUGGUAGUAGGUGUGUCGGUGUUUCGACGUUGUGCGCGAUACAACACCCUAUCGGGACGAUGCCGUGUCGUGUCGUAGCCGCGGGCUGAGCUCGAAGCUUUCGGUACCGCCAGUGACCGCUCGUCAUACGAAUUAUAUGUACGGUUUGGCACUGUGUCUUCUCCGGUAUCACUCCUCUCUCUCUCUCCCCCCCCCUCUCUCGUACUCUUCCUCCCUCUCUCUCUCUUUCUCACUUCUUUCAUCCUCUCUCUCUCUUUCUCUCUUAUUAUUGUUAAUGAUAAGAAAACUUCGUGAAAUUCUCUCGGUCCACGGCGAAGAAACGGCUAGUUCUACUAUGUGAUUCUUCGUUUUACGUGCAUUUUCGCAAGAGGGAUACGAGGUUUUCCAUGAGAUCCAAUAAUUGUCUCCGAAAAAUCGGAGUGUAGGAUUGACGAGAGCACAAGGAAUGAACUGACUGUCGAAAGAUUUCGAGAAGAUGAGAACGAAGUGAUUGUUUCAGGUGUCGCGAUAACUUAACCGGCUUUCUUUUGAGUCAAGGUAAGGUGGUUUGCGAAAUGACAAACCCCGGACGGCUAUGUAAAAGCCAAGUCGGAAGUCGCGACACCGAACGAGGAAUGAGAGAAUCGCACAGCGAGAUGCCCAGGGCGGGAGAUAACAGUCAUUGCUGUCACCGUCGCCACUGUCUCUCCCUCUCGCCGUGUCGCUUAUUUAUGGUGCGUACAUACGUGUGUGACAUUUCGCGUGGCAUAUACUGCGCCCGUAUCGUUUGCCGGUUUUUCACAGCGGUGUUCCAGUACAAGUGUUAUAGUUUGUGUGUGAAUAACAAUUAAUAACAACAGUAGCGGCAACAGUAACAAUAAUAAUAAACAACAAUUUAAAUCUAUAUUCGCGGGUGUUUUGGGACAUCGACGAUUGUUGUGUAACACGCAAAAUGUGGAAUAUGAUGUGCGACGUGAUGCCGACGAUCGCGGAGGACAGCAUGAGCCAGCGGAGCUCACAGUUCUCCGGGGAGGACGGUAAUUUUGAGCAACUAAUGGUGUCGAUGCUGGACGAGAGGGACAAGCUGAUGGAGUCGAUGCGUGAGGGUCAGGAACGGCUACAGGAGAUGGAAGCGCGGUUAGCGGAGGUCGAGAAAGAGCGGGACGCCCUUAAUCGUCAACUUAAUGCGAACAUUCCUCAGGAAUUUUCACAGUUGACGAAAGAAUUGGCGGCAGCACGAGAAAACAUCUUGGAGAGGGAAGAAGAGAUCUCAGAGUUAAAAGCUGAAAGAAAUAAUACACGCCUCUUGCUGGAACAUUUGGAAUGUUUAGUUUCACGGCAUGAACGGUCACUCAGGAUGACGGUUGUGAAACGUCAAGCCGCUACUCAAUCCGGCGUAUCAUCCGAGGUGGAAGUACUCAAAGCUCUGAAAAGUCUCUUCGAACAUCACAAGGCUUUGGACGAAAAGGUGCGUGAGCGUUUGCGCGUGGCCCUCGAAAGAAAUACAAGUCUCGAGGAGGAACUGGUCCACAUCAAAGAAGAACUCCAGCAGUAUAAAGUAAGCGGGCACCCGCCAAAAACCAUAGAAGAUAGGCCGAAAGAGAACGGGCAAGCGGACGAAGGUCAGCAACAGAAUAAGAAUGAGACUGAGCAGGCAGGAAGCCAGCAACAACAGCAACAGCAACACGAGCAACAUCAAGCGCAACAACAGCAACAGCUGGUACAGCAACAACAAAAGCUAGGUACAGAGAGGUCUACCGAAGCUGGUAGUAGACUGAGCAAUGGGAGUCUCGAUCCGGCUGAUCAGGACUCAGCGGUGCGAGUAAUAGACUUACAAGCCACUCUCGACAAGCAGAGUUCAGAAUUAAGUACAUGGCAACGACGAGUAGCCGAACUGAGCGGACGAGUUACCGAAUUGGAAGAAACGUUGUCUAAAACGCAAAAGGACCUUCUUAAAACUCAAGAAACAAAUGUCAAGCUGCAAAGAGAUCUACGGGAGAAUGCGGCACAAAAAAAGGACCAAGAAGAACGAAUAGCAACUCUAGAAAAACGAUAUCUUAAUGCUCAACGAGAGUCCACUAGUCUUCACGAUCUUAAUGAGAAAUUAGAACAAGAAUUACAGCAUAAGAAAGCUCAACUAAAGCUUCAAGAGGAGAAAAUAGCGGCUAUACAGGAGAAAUUAGAACUUGCGGAACAGAAAUUAGCUCAAUAUGCUAAGCUACCAGAAAUGGAAGAACAAUUGAAGCAAAGGAUGGAGGCUCUGACGCAGGUGAGGAGGCCCAACCAGCAGGCUCAAGAGAGGCAUGGUAGCGCAGAAGAUAGAAUACAAAGACUGGAAACGCAAUUAGAAGAAAAGAAUGCGGAAGUGAUGCGUGUUAACCAACGGCUUAAAAUGAACGAGGAGCAUAAUACGCGUCUUAGUGCAACAGUCGAUAAACUUUUAUCUGAAUCUAAUGAAAGAUUGCAAAUGCAUCUGAACGAGAGGAUGCAAUGGUUGGAAGAGAAGAAUGGGCUUACUCAGGAACUCGAGAAAACGAGGAAAGUGGCAGAGGAUUUGCAGAAUGAAAAGGCCGACAUCGUUAAGGAAUUGGGGAAAGCGCGCUUAGAAAUUGACAACGUUAAGAGACAGAUGCUCCAGCAGGAGAUCGCAUUUAAUAUUCAGCAGACGGAUGCUUUAACCAGAAGUUUAUCGCCGAAUGCUGUGGAUCCAGGUUCUUUUUCAAGGAGCGCGAGUCACGGUAGUUUCGAUGCGCAUUCGUUACCCAGAAGAAGCGGCAAACGAUCCAUCGAAGAAGACUCAUCAAAGAAUUACGUGGCACGGACUCUGGCGGAGCAGGAGUGGGAAAAGCUACAGCAAGCGCAUGUACUUGCUAACGUACAGCAAGCAUUUGAUGUUUCGAGUGAUGCAGAGGGGGAUAAUGAAAGUAUAUUUAGUUGUGCGGCUGAUGUAAUUAGUCCUACCGGUCAUACGGAUGCCCAAACACUAGCGUUAAUGUUGCAAGAACAAUUAGAUGCUAUUAAUAACGAAAUUAGAUUGAUACAGGAAGAGAAGCAGAGUACGGAAGCACGCGCGGAAGAAUUAGAAUCUCGCGUCGGCAGCCUCGAACACAUGAAUUUGUUAGCGAGGGGUCGAAGCCUCGAACGAGCCUCGCCACCACUAAGCGGGCGAUCUACUCCAAAAUCACACCAUAGUCCUAAUAGGGAUUACUUACACAAGUACCACACUGCACCCGCGUCAAUGUCUCCGGCACAUUUACAUCAGUAUGCAGCUUCUUUAACUAGUCCAGGCCAAUUGUCGGAAUCUCUUCCUGCCAGUCAGUUGCAGUUAUCAGGAGAAGAGUUACAUUCUGUUAGUGAGAGAGAUAGUACCGGAGGUGCGGGAAGUGGUGGUAGUGAAGCGGCUUCUCCCUUAACAGCCAGGUCCCUUAGAUUGGAACGAGUCGUUCAAGCACUGGCGCACAGUCAGGAGGAGCUCAGAAGACGUACAGGACAGAGCGGAUUUCCGAGCAGUGGUUUCCCCACGCACAGCAGGCAUGGGCAACAUAACAACGGCGCACUCAAUUCUGGGACUCCCCCUUCCCCAUUGUCCUCACGCCACAGCAGCCAGGACAGUUUGCACAAGAACAACUUCUCUGGUGUUGGGCUACCUAUCGGACAGCUGUCAACGUCGCAUUUACAUAUGCAAUCGACUAUGAGCCCUGCUACGGCAGCUGCUGUCGCAGCUGCACAAAAGAAGAAAGGCAUUAAGAGCAGUCUCGGUAGAUUUUUCAGCAAGAAAGAAAAAAUCAAAGGAAAAGAUACAACGAUGCCAGGCGAUGUACCGGGAAUGGGAGGAGCAAGUACACCAGCAGAUCCUGAUUAUGGCGACAGUGUGUCUGUAGCAGGUACACUUGGAAGCAAAAGCGACUUCGAUCGUAGGAAAAAGAAAAGUCCCAGUAUGUUUGGUAGUAUGCUGGAUUCUUCCCGACACGAGCUGUUAGCAGAAGCGAUGAAAGCCGGGACACCUUUCGCUCUGUGGAAUGGACCAACGGUUGUCGCAUGGUUGGAGCUUUGGGUAGGCAUGCCAACGUGGUAUGUCGCUGCUUGUCGAGCGAAUGUCAAAAGCGGUGCUAUUAUGAGUGCUCUCAGCGAUACUGAAAUUCAGCGAGAAAUUGGUAUAAGUAAUCCCCUGCAUCGAUUAAAGCUGAGACUAGCUAUUCAAGAAAUGGUGUCGCUCACCAGCCCGUCAGCGCCGAAAACAUCUCGCACAACAUUAGCAUUUGGUGAUAUGAAUCACGAAUGGAUAGGGAAUGUUUGGUUACCCAGCCUUGGACUGCCGCAAUAUCGUUCCACCUUUAUGGAGUGCCUUGUUGAUGCUAGAAUGCUCGAUCAUCUUACAAAAAAGGAUCUUCGUGGACAGCUCAGAAUGGUUGACAGCUUUCACAGAACAAGUUUGCAAUACGGCAUUUCCUGUUUAAAGCGACUAAAUUACGAUAGGCAGCAAUUAGAAGAAAGGAGGCGAGUGGCAGAAGGUGCUAACAUAGACGUGCUUGUAUGGAGUAAUGAUCGUGUUAUAAGAUGGGUCCAGUCGAUCGGUUUAAAGGAAUACGGAAAUAAUCUCUUGGAAUCUGGUGUACAUGGCGCACUUAUAGCUCUUGAUGAAAGUUUCGAUGCAAAUAGUUUUGCUUUAGCACUGCAAAUUCCCACGCAAAAUACGCAGGCAAGGCAAUUAUUAGAGAUGGAAUUUUCAAAUCUGCUAACAGUAGCGACGGAGAGGCGGCUAGACGAAAAUAGUAGCAUGAAAUCCUGAUCCAGCUCAUCAAGCAGGCUGCCUCAUAUUCAACCACAUCAUGUCUAGUCCAAAACCCCAACUAUCGCUACUAUUUAUGCGCAAGUGUGUUGUAAAAGUUAUAAGAGCUUUAAGUAUCACGCUAGGAGUACCCUCAUCAUAUUGUUAUGACAAAUGUGACAUAUACACUGAUGUGUAUUUCGAUAUAAAGCUGUUGAGAUAAGCUUACACGAUACAUACAAGAAUAGAGAAUAGAUAAUCCAUUCAAUUUUUAUGUCGCAUAUAUACAUAAACAAUUGAUGCGGCGUAUACUUGGACGAAAAGAAAUCAAGAAAAAUAAUUAUUUCGGAUAGUUUUCAUAUAGAUAUUGAAAUGUAGUAGGCAGUCGUUGGAUUAUACAAAUAGAAAAAAGGGGGACGCGGUAAUGUAUAAUAUAGCACUCUUCUUAAAAUCCCGGGAUAUCAGUUGCAGACGAUUAACGACAAUAAUUCUCCCUGAGUUAGCUUAAUUUGUUUGUAAAGAUGUCAACAUAAUCUGUAGUCUCAGUAUUACGAUGUCGCGCAGUAGAUUAUAUUUGUUAUAUGAUAUUACAUGCUCGCGUACGAUAUAAACGUGUACUUAUAUAUAUCGUUCAAUAAAUACUUAAGGCAACGUAAGCUAAAUAAUACUCUUUACCGCACAAAGACCGUAGUAAAAGAGAAAAUGGCAAUGGGUCUAUCAGAGAUAAUAUCGUGUUGCUUUCGAGAAAGUCGUAUGGAAAGUGUGUUCUAACUACUGACGGUACGGCUAGAAAAAUGAUAUGAUUCUACGUGAAAAAGU